AUGGCCCUUCAGGAUGCCUUCCUUCUCGCUGAUGAUGUACUACGCCAAGGUGUUCAAGGAAUAUCAGAUAUAAUCACAAUACCUGGACUGGUAAAUGUGGAUUUUGCAGAUGUGAAGGCAGUCAUGAAGGACUCUGGAACUGCUAUGCUUGGAGUUGGGGUUUCCUCCAGCAAGAACCGUGCUGAAGAAGCAGCUGAACAAGCAACUCUGGCUCCUCUGAUUGGAUCAUCCAUUCAAUCUGCUACCGGAGUAGUGUAUAACAUUACUGGAGGAAAGGACAUAACCUUGCAAGAAGUGAAUAGGGUGUCACAGGUUGUUACAAGUUUGGCAGAUCCUUCUGCUAACAUUAUAUUCGGGGCUGUUGUAGAUGAACGCUACAAUGGAGAGAUCCAUGUGACUAUCAUUGCCACUGGGUUCACACAAUCAUUUCAGAAGACUCUUCUUACUGACCCAAAGGGUGCAAAGCUAGCUGAGAAAGGGACUAGAGGACAGGAAAGCGGAAGGGUACCUAUUACCCUAAAUUCAUCAACCUUGCCUUCCCCAGCAACUCGAUCCUCUUCACGAAAGCUCUUCUUCUAA